GGAUAAACCCGGGGACAGACUGGAGCUCCACUGUGAUCAUCGAUCAUCAAUCGAUAUUGUCUCUGAUGAGAUUAUUCUACCAGGUUCUGUGAGGUAUUUUUCGAUAGAUUUGUUAAACUAAGUUUAGCACUCAUAUUUUUGGACUCACUGGGCUUUUCCCCACGCUUUACUGCUUUUGGCUUACCAAAUCUUCCACUUACACCAACUCAGGAGCUUUUUUGUUUUUUUUCAGAGAUGGAUAAGUUGAGUGGAAACAAUGCAACAAUGGCGAAUGGCUCGAUAGAAUGGUCUUUCAAUGGACAUGGCUCAUUCCAACACCUGGACCCCAGGGAGUUGAGGGUUCUGAUGCCAGCUAUUUUGGGAGUCAUCUGUGUCUUGGGUGUGGCUUGUAAUCUAACUGCAAUGGUCAUCUUGUUCUCCAACGCUCAUAGGGGCAAACUCUCUCUCAUCAACUCCCUCAUCUUCAACCUGAUGUUUGCUGAUGGACUGGUGCUGAUGUUUUCUGUGCCUUUCAAGGCUGUCUCCUUCUCUAAAGCUAGCUGGGAGCUGGGUUGGGUGGUGUGUAAGACGGCAGACUGGUUCCUUCAGUCCUGCAUGGCAGCGAAGAGCUUCACAGUGGCCAUAAUGGCCAAAGUUUGCUACCGCUAUGUCUCAAACCCCACCAAGCAGGUGAGCAUCCACCUGGGCUCCAUCUUGGUGGUGUUUUUCUUCAUCUGGCUGUCUGCCUGUUCUAUCACCAUCCCUCUUUGGCUGUUUGCUUCCCUGCAGAGACGGGUCCGUGGGAUCAUGUGUGUGCUGGUAAUUCCUCCUGAAGCUCAGAAUUUCAUGUCAGUGUAUGUCAAAGCAUACCCUCUGGGGGUAUACUGUGCACCUCUCAGCUUUGCCCUGGUGUAUUUCUGGAAGGCUUAUGGCCAGUGCCAGCGACGCUCUAGUAAGACCCAGAACCUGCGCACACAAAUCAGAUCCAGGAAGCUCACCUUGAUGCUGUUCAGCCUGACUGUGUCCAUGGCUAUUCUCUGGCUCCCACAGUGGGUGGUGUGGCUCUGGGAGCGUCACUUAGCAGAGAAGGAAAUUGAAGGAGCCAAGCCAUUAUUGUCCUCUCUUCCCCUUCUUCUGACCCUCUCUGCUCAGCUGCUCACCUUCUCUCUGUCCCUGGUGAACCCUCUCAUUGUGCUCUUCCUCUCGGAAGAGUUUAGAGAAGGCUAUAAGGGGCUGUGGAGACGCCUCACUCUGCGCAAACAGCCCCCUCCAAAGCCAAAACCCGGACCUCACAAACCAACAGCACUCCAGUCGCCUUGCCCAAGACCAGAGACUUCUGUGGAACUGAGGGGGGAGAACAGCCUUCGACUGAGCUCCAAUCAGGGUCCAAGCAGAAAGGCUCAAGCCCCGACAGAGCGAGGAGGAGGAGGGAAGGAAAUAGACAGAGAGAGUCUGAAAGAUGGUAUUGUCUUGCCUGAUCUAGAGCAGUUCUGGCACGAGAGGGAGACUGGAUCAUACACUGACGAAAACGAUCCUGUGCCGUGGGAGCACCAGAGCAAAGACGGAAAGGAGUAAUAACCACCCUCCAGCUGAUCGCAUAAUUCAUUUCCGAUUCAAUCCCCAGAUGUUAGCAGCUUCAUCAACAUACCGGGGUGGUUUGGACUGCAGAGUACUUGACAGGUAAUCUCUUCAUUCUGUCAACUGUAUAUGAAAUUAUUCAGAGGUGAGAAGUGCAAUCGUUGUCGAAUACAAAUAAAGCAGUGUCGUCUGUAUAUAAGAUAGAUAUUGCGUGAUAUAGUCCUUUGCUGUUUUUCUUCUUUGAGAAAAAAGUUGUAAUUUCUUGUAAGGAUUACCGUGUAAACUCAAUGAAGUAGAUUUGUACAUAUUUUUAGCAUAUUUGUGAUGAUGAUUGUUGAAAGGCACUUUUCCUUUCAAGUAUUUGGUCAAAACGCUACUAUUCAAUAUAGUGUAACACUGUACUGACUUGUGCUCUGUGAGUAAUUCUCUAACAAAAGAAGAAAAUCUUUAUCUGAAUAUCUUAUUUGAUGGUAAAUGUUAAAUCUGUUGAUGUAUUUUGUACUAAUGUGCAAUCAUUUCCUGUAUACCCUCCCUCAAAUAGUUGCGAUGUUGGAAUUGGCAGCUUUUAACUCUCUAGUUUUACUGUAUGUGAGUGAUAUCACCGUGACCAGUGUUUACAAUGAAUAAGUUCUGGACAUGAAGUCUCUCUGUGAUAAAACUGACUUGUGGAGGCGAAAAAUAAUAAGAAGAAGUAAAAUAAAGCUACAAAACCACUGAAAA